AUGUUGAACGCCAUAACCUCCGCAAACGCACCGUUCUCAACUAUCUCACUUUACAGAUCCAGGUCGAACUUCCGUCCAAUCAGAUGCUCCGCCCAAUCUCUUCCUCUAGUUGACAAUGCAGGGAAGUUUCUCGAAGCUUCGAAGAAAGGGAACGUGAUUCCGCUAUACCGUUGCAUAUUCUCCGAUCAUCUCACUCCGGUUCUUGCUUACCGGUGUUUGGUCAAAGAAGAUGACAGAGAUGCUCCUAGCUUUCUCUUUGAAUCAGCGGAGCCUGGUCUUCAGAUUUCUAGUGCCGGAAGGUAUAGUGUGGUUGGAGCUCAGCCGUGUAUGGAAAUUGUGGCGAAAGAGAAUAUGGUUACUGUGAUGGACCAUGAGGAAGGGUUAAAGACAGAGGAGAUUGCUCUGGAUCCUUUGGCCAUUCCUCGUAGGAUUAUGGAUAAGUGGAAGCCUCAACUCAUUGAUGAUCUUCCUGAAGCAUUUUGUGGUGGUUGGGUGGGUUAUUUCUCUUAUGAUACAAUGCGCUAUGUAGAAAAGAAGAAACUUCCAUUUGAUAAUGCUCCCAUAGAUGACAGAAACCUUCCUGAUAUUCAUCUGGGCCUUUACGAUAAUGUCAUUGUGUUUGACCAUGUUGAAAAGAAAGCAUUUGUGAUUCAUUGGGUUCGGUUAGAUCGAUAUUCUUCUGCUGAACAAGCCCUCAAUGAUGGAAUGGAUAGGCUGGAAACUCUAGUAUCUAGGGUGCAUGAUAUAAUUGCCCCAAGGCUGCCUGCAGGUUCAAUAAAGUUAAUCACUAGCCUCUUUGGUCCUAAACUGGAACUGUCAAACAUGACAAAUGAGGAAUACAAGAAGGCAGUAUUGGAGGCCAAAGAGCACAUAUUGGCCGGUGAUAUUUUUCAAAUUGUGCUAAGUCAGCGGUUUGAGCGCCGAACAUUUGCAGACCCUUUUGAAGUCUACAGGGCACUUAGAAUUGUUAAUCCCAGUCCAUAUAUGACUUAUUUACAGGCCAGAGGGAGUAUUUUGGUUGCAUCAAGUCCGGAAAUUCUUACACGGGUGAAGAAGAGAAAAAUCACCAAUCGGCCUCUUGCGGGGACUGUUAGAAGAGGGAAAACACCAAAAGAAGAUAUCAUGUUAGAGAAAGAACUUUUGAAUGAUGAAAAACAAUGUGCAGAGCACGUAAUGCUAGUUGAUUUGGGAAGAAAUGAUGUUGGAAGGGUCUCCAAGCCCGGUUCUGUCCAAGUUGAAAAACUUAUGAAUAUUGAGCGCUAUUCCCAUGUUAUGCACAUAAGCUCUACAGUCACUGGGGAGUUAUUAGAUGGCUUAACAAGUUGGGAUGCAUUGCGGGCGGCGUUACCUGUUGGUACAGUUAGUGGAGCACCGAAGGUUAAAGCCAUGGAGUUGAUUGAUCAGUUGGAAGUGGCAAGACGUGGGCCAUACAGUGGUGGGUUCGGAGGCAUAUCAUUUUCUGGUGAUAUGGACAUUGCCCUUGCUCUAAGAACCAUAGUUUUCCCUACUAAUACUCGUUUCGACACAAUGUACUCCUACAAGAAUGUGAACAAACGCAGAGAAUGGAUUGCCCAUCUCCAGGCAGGAGCAGGAAUUGUGGCUGACAGUGAUCCAGCUGAUGAGCAAAGAGAAUGCGAGAACAAAGCUGCAGCCCUUGCACGUGCCAUUGAUCUUGCAGAAUCUUCAUUUGUUAACAAAUGA